UCUUGCAUGUAUUCAUUCAUAUGCUUAUUUUUCUUUUUACUUGCAUUUUUUUCCUUUACUAUCUAAAGCGCUUGUUUGCUCUAAAAUGUUCUGUUGGUAGAAAUGUUUGAACUCAAACGAGGAAGACGUGGACGAGUGCCGUUCACUUCACACACGCCUUGCUAUUGCUGCACGUUUGUCUUCUUCGGGCUUUUUGUGACCUGACGCCGCUCGCUGCCCCGUUUUGGUGUUUCAGUUGCGCAGUUGGCACCUUUGAUGGCGCUCGUCUUUAUUCCCCCACUAUGUAGCUCUCCGGCUCGUAAUGGCCCUUCUGGUUUUUGCUGCCGUGACUCCGGAAGCCUCCUAUCGAGGAUCUCUGCGCUCUCCUUACUCCUCGUCUUUUUUAAUAUCUUAUCGGAGUUUCCCUUGAGCCCAGCAGACUUGCGGUUCUGGUCAGCGUCCAUUUUCAGAGGCGACAUUGUGUUAGACGGUUGCGUUGUCGAAUUUAAUUGAAUUGGAGCGUCAAGUCGCAUUUGAUUCGCCGUUUUGGAUGUAAAGAGUCGCGUUUCUCCAUCUGUCCGUUUUCGCUGCUUUCUCAGAUCUCGCUUUGCAGGACCCCCCACCGCAGGGGUCGGCUGUAAUUGAAGAAGCGGCCGCGGAUGACCGUGCUGAAUGCUGUUUUAAUUUGCCGCUCGUUCUGUCGGCGCGUGAGGGCGGAGACUCCUCUCGAGGAAGAGGAGGGGGACUGGCUGAGCUCUGUCGGGACCCCCUUGUGCAGAUAGGAAGGGGGCGGGAGGUCUGCGGGUUUAUUUAAACUCCCGACUCCGCUCACACAGACACUUUUAACUCUACCAAGUUUCGCUCGGACUGUUGAUUUUCUCCAAGAUGGACUCCGAGUACCUGGACGAUUAUACUGAUAACGUCAGCUACUGCGACUACUCGGAAUGGAAGCCGUCCUUAACGAUCAUCCCAGUGCUCUACAUGCUGGUUUUUAUUCUGGGACUUGGUGGCAACGGCGUGGUGAUUUUCACCGUCUGGAAUUCUAAAUCCAAGAGGAGGGCGGCGGACACUUAUAUCGGUAACCUGGCCCUGGCUGACCUGGCCUUUGUGGCCACUUUGCCCCUGUGGGCAGUCUACACGGCUCUCGACUAUCACUGGCCCUUUGGCAACGCCUUGUGCAAGAUCAGCAGCUACUUGGUGCUGGUCAACAUGUAUGCCAGUGUCUUCUGCCUGACCUGCCUCAGUUUUGACCGCUAUCUCGCCAUCGUCCACUCGCUGUCCAGCACCCGCCUGCGCUCGCGGGGCACCAUGCUGGCUUCCCUCGCCAUCAUUUGGAUCCUAGCCGGGACCCUGGCACUGCCCACUCUUGUCUUCAGGUCAACCGUGAUAAGUGAGGACAACACGACCGCUUGCGGGAUGGACUUCUCCAUGGUCUUAAGUGCCCCGCAAGACGAGAGUUUGUGGAUCGCUGGCCUCAGCCUGUCGUCCUCCAUACUGGGUUUCCUCCUGCCUUUUCUCCUCAUGACUGUCUUUUACUGCUUUAUCGGCAGCACCGUCACCCGACAUUUCCAGAACCUGCGCAAAGAAGACCAGAAGAAGCGCAGACUGCUCAAGAUCAUCACCACUCUCGUGGUGGUCUUCGGAUUCUGUUGGACCCCGUUCCACGUCCUGAAGACUGUAGAUGCCCUCUCAUAUCUUAAAGUGAUGCCCGAAUCCUGCAGUUUCCUGCGCUUCGUCUUUCUGGCGCACCCCUAUGCCACCUGCCUGGCGUACAUCAACAGCUGCCUCAACCCUUUCCUGUACGCCUUCUUCGACCUGCGCUUUCGCUCGCAGUGCCUGUGUCUCCUGAACCUGAAGAAGGCCGUGCACGGACAGAUCAGCUCUCUGUCGUCCACCAUGAGUGCGCAGACGCAGAAGUCCGAGGCGCAGUCGCUGGCGACCAAGGUGUAGCAAGCGGGCGCGGACUGCGCGGUCAGGUGAGCGGGGCGGAGUCGAAGAGGCGCGGGCGCGGGACUAGUGCUGGCGCGCCUGCCACUGCGCUGUACAUAAUGGAGCUUCGGGACUGUUCGAUGCAUUCGGUGGGGCAGCUGGCUGUCCCCGAAAGACUUCAAAGACUGCUUAAAAAAACAAACAAAAAUCAUAAAACGUGACGGGUGUUCGGAAAAGAUUAUAUCCGAUGUUUUGUUUUUUUCCUGAAAAAAAAAGUUUGCUUCUUUUUAACUUUGUUUAUAGCACUUGAGAGAGAAGGACUGGCGAAAAAGAGUUGACAAAACAAAUGGUGAUCGCACUCGACACACGGGACUGAAGUGGCAGGUCUAUGUGUAGAGGGGGGCUGAUUAAUGGAAAUGUGCUUUGGUGAGUCAAUUAAAAUGUCAAGGUGGGGGGGGUGGCGGCUGCAGAGAGGACUGCUGGGGGGUCCGCAGCGCACAACUGUUGAAUGUAAAGCACUGCCGAGUGAUAAGAGGCAGACUCCGCUGGGGACAAGGCAGGGUGGCCUCUAAAAUGCUGUUUUUUUGUUGUUCUUGUAACUGCUGUAUUUGACAUUACAGAUAAACUUCUGUUGCUAUAAUAAUAAAAAUAAUCAAAUUGUUUUUA